AUGUACAUAGGAAAAGCACCAGAAAGUGGGAACACAAAAGCUGGCUGUGCAGGGUGUGGUAUGAAGAAAGCAGGAAGUAACCUUGGUGCAGCUGUCCUGGUGGGUCUGUUCUCUGAGCAUUCUGACAUUGACCUCAAUCUUAUCAAUGCUCCUCCCCUGGCCAAGGAAAAAGGCAUACAGCUGUCUACGUCCCAUGAGGAGCAGGUACCUGCCCAGCUGGAGUGUCUUGUCUCUGUGGUAGUACAGCAGCAAGGUGGAGCUAUUCACCAGGUGGGAGGGUUCGUGUCAGCAGGAACACCCAUGCUGGCUCAGAUUAACGGAGCCUCAGUAUCAACUCCUGUCUCUCUAGCUGGCAAUGUGUUGGUGUACAAGAGUCAGGCCAACCCUCAGGUGAUGCCAGCCGUGGCAGCGAUGGCGUAUUGUCACUCGGAACUACUCGGAUGUCUCCGCACUCGACAAUAA